UGUUUGUUGUGAAAUGGCGGAUUCUCUAGCUAAAGCAGGGUUGUAUUUUGACGAAUUAAGUAAAAUAAGAGUCCUGGAACCUGAAGCAGCACAAGAAACAAAUAAACUAAAAGAAGAAUGCAGAGACUUUGUGGAAAAGAUCACUGAAUUCCAGAAGAUAGCUGAUGGUUUUAUCUUCAUGAUUGAUUCAUUAGCCAAAGAGGUGGAAAAGGAAAAAAUGAAGGCAAUUGGAGCUCGCAAUCUUCUGAAGUCAGUGGCAAAACAACGAGAAGCUGAACGACAGCAGCUUCAGGCACUGAUCAGUGAAAAGUCUAUGGAACUAGAAAGACUUCGAAUUCAGUACCAGUCGCUACAGAGAACAGAGAUGGAGCAGCAGGAGAAAAUCGAGCACUUGGUUCUACAUCGAUGAUGAACCAUGCAACUUGAAUCCCCCCCC